UUUUUUUGAACUGUGCUGUGCUUAUGGUUUCAUCCGCAAUAUUUAUAAAGUCUGAUUAAUCGUAAUUUAUUUGAGCGUGAAUUUGUAUAUAAAGUGGAUAGGAGAAUGACAGAGAAAGUUGAAAAUAAAUCAUUGGAUCAAGAUGCAAUUACUGGAUGUGAAGAAAAUUCAGAUAAAAGCAUUCGGGAAGUUUUUAAUUUAAUGAAUAGCUAUGAAGCUCUAGUUAUUGAGAUACAGGAUGAGGCGAGGAAGUUUCAAGAAGAUAAUCAAAAAUUAAGGAGAAAUCUUGAAAGUGUUGUUGCUGAGAAUGUUCGACUGAGAAAUCAAGUUCCUGAUGAUCCUAUUGUGGAGUUUAGAAGUGUCUAUAUUGAAGUUGCUGAUAAAAUAUUCAAUAAUAUGAGGAACCAGCUCAUGCUGUGUUAUAAGGAGAAGGAAAUGUAUGAGAAUUUAUGGCACAAGACUGCAUCCGUAUUGGAGCAUGAAAUUCCGAAGAACUCAAUGGCAAAGAUUAAAAAUGAAUACGAUAUGGAAGUGAGGCAACUGAAAAUGAAAUUGAAUGAAUGUCAGGAGGAUAACAAGAAGAAGAUGGAAAUAAAUGCGACUUUACAGAAGAAUUUUAGAAUUCUGAUGAAAAAGCUGGAAUGUAUCCAAACUGAAAAUGUGGAAUUAAAAGACAAUAAUAAUCAGCUUUUAGAGAAAUUAAAGAACCUUGUGGCAGACAAGGACGAAACAGAACGACUGCUUGACGAGUCGAAUGAACUUAAUAAACAACAAAUGCAAAAAUCAACAGAAUCAUUUUUAAAGAUGCAGGAAACGAUUAAAGUUGCAGAGGGUGCCAUGGCGGAAGUUGAGCAGCUUAUGGAAGAGAAACGACUGCUCGAAGAAGAGCAUGACAAUUUGGCACGAACAAUUGGCUCGGUAAUGAAGGAAGCAUCUGAAAAAGUUGAAAAUACUAUAGAAGAUAUGCGAAAACAGCAUAAAGUCGAAAUAGAGAAUUCUACAAUUCAAAUAGAACGUCUGAAACAGGAGGUGGAACAUGAGAAACUAAAAACAACAUCUGCAAUGCACCAAGUCAAGAUGCUUGAAGAGAAAUUGCAUUCAAUUGAAAUGACAAAUUCGUAUCUUGGCGAGGAUUUGAAAGUUGCUCAAAAAACACUUGCCGACACUGAUGAAGAACUAAAGAAAAUAAAAUCUGUGAUGUCUGAUGAAAAGGAAGCUAAGCAUCUCUGUCAAUAUGAAGUGGAGAAGCUACGUGCAAUAAUUGAAAAUAACAAAAAGAUUAAAGAGAAGUGGAAAGUUGUUAUUUUUGAAAUCACAAAGACUCUUGAAGAUAAAAUUAAAAACUUAAUUCUUGAAAAUCAUGACUUGAAGACUUCAAGAAGAACAGUCUGACUGUGUUCAUUUACCAGAUUUUACACUUAUGGAUA